AGUAAUACCAGCCAGCCGUAUGAACGUUCUCCGCGAAAUCCAGAAGUUGGCAGUGGAGUACCGGCUUGCUCUCAGUAUAAUCCUCAAGUCCGCUCGUCGAUAUCGAGCGCACCGUAUUAGGCUGCGUCGGUGCAACACUCGUCCUAAGCAAGCAUAUGUACGACGGGGGUUCACUGUGAAACGUCAGACGAUCCGCUCCAUUUCGAGAAUUGCUGUGUGAUACGGAUCUAAUCGACACCUUCCGAUCGUAUGCUCGCGCGUAUGAUGUCUGCCAAGUUCCGAGCUCUGUUCUGUUUAAGCUCAUUCGUGGCUGCGUCUGGUCAGAGUGUUCGAGUUUUCAGUCACUACACUCUGGCUGUACAACAUGGAGCAGGGAUCUGCUACGAGAAUCCAAAAUGCGUGAGGAGCUCCGCGCUGCCCCAGUAUCCGGAAUGGACCAUCCAUGGCCUGUGGCCUUCGAACCUCGCAUUCUGCGGCGGGAGCAAGUUCGAUCUGAGAGAGUUGGGUGGAAUGCUACCGACUCUGCGAGAGUCGUGGCCAAGUUUCACCGAGACCGGCGAUUCAGCUUUCUGGCGGUAUCAGUUCACCAAGCACGGCACGUGUGCCAUCGGUAGUCCUCGAAUCAGUGGCGUGCAAACUUAUUUUGAGAGGAGUCUAGCUUUGUACGAAGAUUUCUCGCAGAAGGUACUGAGAAAAAUUGGAAUCAGGGCCGGUAUCGUUGAUGUGUCGGAGGUUGAAGGGCUCAUUCGGAGUCGGCUCGGUAAAUCUGUCCAGAUGCGCUGUCGCAUCGUUGGUUCCCAUUAUGUACUGAGCGAAAUCAAGAUCUGCUAUUCGAGAUGGAAUUUCGAGGUCAUAGACUGUCCUCGGAAGUCGAACUGCGGGCGCCAAAGUAUUUUCGUGGCACAUGGAUCCCGCGGGCCCGUCGGUAUGGUCUAAGAAUGAUUUCAGAACGGGUAUCACAGCGUCCUGAACUGAACAUGUUCGUUAC